AUGUCGGGGAACGUCCUGAGGCUCCAGUCGGUGUCUUCCAAUUUCAGGGGCCGCUUACGCCCAGUAUGUACCACUUCUGCAACACCGCCCGACGGCAGGGUCAUGCUUGAGAAGUACGCCAGCCUUUUCCUCAAAAACCUUGUUGUUAUUGCCAGCCUCGAGGCUGGCGUUUCGCUGUAUGUAUAUAGAGAAUUAUCAGUUACUGCCACAUCUUUAUUGGUUUUAAUUAUUAAAUACCUGUUUAUGCUUUUCAGCUUUCCAUCACCAAUGUUUCUUGGAAUUGGACAGAUGGCAGCCACUAUACUUAUCUUGUAUGUGUCAAAAUUAAAUAAGAUUGUUCACUUCCCCGAUUUUGACAAAAGCAUACCUGUGAAGUUGUUUCCUCUGCCUCUGAUUUAUGUUGGAAACCACAUAAGUGGAUUAUCAAGUACCAGCAAACUCAGUUUGCCGAUGUUUACAGUGCUCAGGAAGUUUACCAUUCCACUUACUUUACUGCUGGAAAUCAUCAUACUUGGGAAACGAUACCCACUGAGUAUUAUAGUCAGCGUAUUUGCCAUCAUUCUUGGGGCUUUCAUAGCAGCUGGGUCUGAUCUGUCUUUUAAUCUGGAGGGCUACACCUUUGUAUUGCUAAAUGAUAUCUUCACAGCGGCAAAUGGAGUUUACACGAAGCAGAAAAUUGAUCCAAAGGAGUUGGGAAAAUACGGUGUCCUUUUCUAUAAUGCUUGUUUCAUGGUGGUUCCAACAGUUAUUAUUAGCUUUUCUACUGGAGACUUUCAGCAG